GCAUCAGGUUUUAAGAAGGCGUAGCGGCGCAGUGUACUACGAUAGUUCCACUCGUAGUACUGUACGGGGAACUCGUGUCUUGAGCUUUGCAAUUGAGCAGCGGUUUUGUUUCGCGAGUUUCCGUCGCUUUUCCCAAAGAUCAGUCGAUUUGGGUGGGAUAGACCAGAAAAAGGUAGCGUUGAGCUUGGUCGUCAAACAAGAGCGGUGCCAUGUCGAGCGGAAACGAGGUUUUCAACAACCAAUUGGGCCCCGGGCAUGAGGCUCCGCUCUUGGUGGAAGACGGCGAGUCGGUCGUUUCGGCCGAGAUGGACAGCGACUCAAAGCGGCCUUUUGUCGACGGACGAAUCAAAAAGAAGGCCAAGAGGCCGUCCAAGCUGAUAGCGUCCGGAGACGUGAGUCCCGUGCUGCCUCCAACGCCGAGAACGCAUCCCCAGUACCGCAAGAACAGCCGGAGGCCGAGGAAUGGCCACGGGCGGGGGCAGCCGAAAAAAGGUGGGGCAGGAGGAAAGGGGACCUGGGGCAAACCCGGGAGUGAGCUUUCGCUCGAGGACGACGACAUCUCGGCAGCAGAUGCCCGUGACCCUAACUACGACUCGGACAAUCAGGUGCGUUGCAGCUUUCGGCAUACCCGGUUGGCCCCUUGGAACCGAAACUCGUCUCUCUUGCAGGAGAACUGCGAGUUCGAGUCUAUAGUCCCGGAGCUCACGGAGGACGAGUUUGAGAAGACCGUCUACCCGCUUUUGCUAGAGUACUUUGAGCAUGGCGACACCAACGAGGUGGUGCUCUCCCUGGAGGAGCACAACCUGAGCCAGAUCCGGCCACACCUGGUUUGCCUGGCCGUCUCGCUGGCCAUGGAGCGCAAGCCGUCCCACCGGGAGAUGACCUCUGUGCUGCUCUCGGACAUGUAUGGGCGCAUCCUGGCAGAGCCCGACUUUGAGAAGGGCUUCCACCUGCUCUUCAAGAGCCUCCCUGACCUGGUACUGGACACCCCCGACGCCACCACGGUCCUGGGCAAUUUCCUGGCACGUACGGUGGCAGACGACUGCUUGCCUCCCAAGUAUGUGCAGUUGAACCUGGAAGAGACAAACUGUGCGCUCUCCAAGCAGACCCUGCAGCAUGCCAGCACGCUCCUGAGCAUGAAGCACGGCCUGGUUCGACUCGACAACGUCUGGGGAAUGGGAGGUGGGAUGCGUCCUGUCAAGUAUCUCGUCAAGAAGAUUCAAAUGUUGCUCAAGGAGUAUUUGUGCUCGGGGGAUGUGAAUGAGGCCAUCCGGUGCCUGCAAGAUCUCGAAGUGCCACACUUCCACCAUGAACUGGUCUACGAGGCGGUGGUCAUGGUGAUCGAAGACAUGGGUGACAUGGCCAUGGAAUUGAUUUGCAAACUGCUCAGAACUCUCGACGAGAGUGUCAUAGUAACGCCGGAACAGAUGAAGCGGGGAUUUGACCGGGUCUUCCAAGAGAUGCCCGACAUCUGCAUUGACGUGCCGGCCGCCUACACGGUACUCGAAAAGUUUGUGACAAAGUGUACAGAAUCCGGCUUUUUGUCUCCGGAGAUAGCCAAGACCAUGCCAACUAGGGGCCGCAAGCGUUUUGUGUCUGAAGGAGACGGGGGCCGCCUCAAAGAAGACGCCUACUAAGGGGCCCAUCUCCUGCACUGUACAAUCCCCUCUGGAGCUUUUUUUUUUCUUCCCCACAUGUGCUGCCUCUGUGUAGAGGUGUUUAGAAAACCAUUUAAUGGCACCAUUCUCUAUACUCAGCGGUGUUGUACAACACUUGCUAUGGGAUGGGCUUGCGUGCCAUGUUGUAUACCCUCUCUGUACCUGCGGACGUUUUUUUUUUUCAUUAAACGUCUAUCAAGUCUUA